GAUUGAUUUCCGCGGUGCCGGGGGCCGCCGGCAUCCCCCGCCCUGAGCCGGGAGCAGCGCGGCGCCCGGGGCCGAACCAUGUGAGGGACGUUGCCGGGGCUCAGGACACGCGCGGGGGACACGGAGCUCUCCUUUCCCAGGAUGGAUCAGAGGAGGACCUGGCCUCGCCUACUGGACUCUGAUGGCUGCUCGGUGGCUCUGCUCUGCCUCCUCCUGGCAUCGCUGUCCCGGGACGUGUCCAGCAAUGCCUCCUUCAACACUUUCCACUCGGAGAACCGGGACUGGACGUUCAACCACCUGACGGUGCACCGGGGCACCGGCGCCGUCUACGUGGGGGCCAUCAACAGGGUCUACAAGCUCUCGGGGAACCUGACCAUCCUGGUGGCUCACAAAACCGGCCCCGAGGAGGACAACAAGUCCUGCUACCCUCCCCUCAUCGUGCAGCCCUGCAGCGAGGUCCUGACGCUCACCAACAACGUCAACAAGCUGCUCAUCAUCGACUACUCCGAGAACCGGCUGCUGGCCUGCGGCAGCCUCUACCAGGGCGUCUGCAAGCUGCUGCGCCUCGACGACCUCUUCAUCCUGGUGGAGCCCUCGCACAAGAAGGAGCAUUACCUGUCCAGCGUCAACAAGACGGGCACCAUGUACGGGGUGAUCGUGCGCUCCGAGGGCGAGGACGGGAAGCUCUUCAUCGGCACGGCCGUGGAUGGCAAGCAGGAUUAUUUCCCCACCCUGUCCAGCCGCAAGCUGCCCCGGGACCCGGAGUCCUCGGCGAUGUUGGAUUACGAGCUCCACAGCGACUUUGUCUCGUCCCUCAUCAAAAUCCCCUCGGACACGCUGGCCCUGGUUUCGCACUUUGACAUUUUUUACAUCUACGGCUUCGCCAGCGGGAACUUUGUGUAUUUCCUGACGGUGCAGCCGGAGACCCCCGAGGGCGUCUCCAUCAACUCGGCCAGCGACCUCUUCUACACCUCGCGCAUCGUCCGCCUGUGCAAGGACGACCCCAAGUUCCACUCGUACGUGUCGCUGCCCUUUGGCUGCGUCAGGGGUGACACCGAGUACCGCCUGCUGCAGGCCGCCUACCUGGCCAAGCCCGGGGAGGUGCUGGCCAGGGCCCUCAACAUCACGGCGCAGGAGGACGUGCUCUUUGCCAUCUUCUCCAAGGGGCAGAAGCAGUACCACCACCCGCCCGACGACUCGGCGCUCUGCGCCUUCCCCAUCCGCACCGUCAACGCCCACAUCAAGGAGCGCCUGCAGUCCUGCUACCAGGGCGAGGGCAACCUGGAGCUCAACUGGCUGCUGGGCAAGGAUGUGCAGUGCACCAAAGCGCCAGUCCCCAUCGACGACAACUUCUGCGGGUUGGACAUCAACCAGCCCCUGGGUGGCUCGGUGCCCGUGGAGGGGGUGACGCUCUUCACCUCCAGCCGCGACCGCAUGACCUCCGUGGCUUCCUACGUCUACAACGGCUACAGCGUGGUCUUCGUGGGCACCAAGACAGGCAGGCUGAAGAAGAUCCGGGCGGAUGGGCCGCCCCAGGGCGGGAUCCAGUACGAGGUGGUGCCGGUGUUCAAGGACGGCAGCCCGGUGCUGCGGGACAUGGCCUUCUCCAUGGACCACAAGUACCUGUACGUCAUGUCAGAGCGCCAGGUGUCCAGGGUGCCCGUGGAGUCCUGUGAGCAGUACACGACCUGCCAGGAGUGCCUGAGCUCGGGGGACCCGCACUGCGGCUGGUGCUCCCUGCACCACAUGUGCUCCCCGCGGGACCGCUGUGAGCGGGCGCAGGAGCCGUUCCGCUUCGCCGCGAGCAUCGGGCAGUGCCUGAGCGUGGCCGUGCAGCCCAGCAGCAUCUCGGUGUCAGAGCACAGCCUCCCGCUCAGGCUGCGGGUGAGCGAUGCUCCAGACCUCAGUGCCGGGGUCAGCUGCCUCUUCGGGAACCUGAGCGAGGUGGAGGGGCAGGUGUCGGGCAGCCAGGUGCUCUGCGUGUCACCAGCAGCCAGAGACGUCCCUGCCAUCCCCGUGGAUCAGGACUGGUUCGGGGUCGUGCUCCAGCUGAAGUCCCGGGAGACCGGCAGGACCUUCGUCAGCACCGAGUUCAAGUUCUACAACUGCAGCGCCCACCAGCUGUGCCUGUCCUGUGUGAACAGUGCCUUCCGCUGCCACUGGUGCAAGUACAGGAACCUGUGCACCCACGACCCCACCACCUGCUCCUUCCAGGAGGGGAGGAUCAAUGUCUCCGAGGACUGCCCGCAGCUGUUCCCCACGGAGGAGAUCCUGAUCCCGGUGGGAGAGGUGAAGCCCAUCACGCUGAGGGCCCGGAACCUGCCGCAGCCCCAGUCGGGCCAGAGGGGCUACGAGUGCGUGCUCAGCAUCCAGGGCAUCGUGCACAGGGUGCCCGCCCUGCGCUUCAACAGCUCCAGCGUGCAGUGCCAGAACAGCUCGUACCUCUAUGAUGGGAUGGACAUCAGCAACCUGGCAGUGGACUUUGCCGUGGUUUGGAAUGGGAAUUUUGUCAUCGACAACCCGGAGAACGUGAAAGUGCACCUGUACAAGUGCGCGGCGCAGCGCGAGAGCUGCGGGCUGUGCCUCAAGGCCGAGCCGCGGUUCGCGUGCGGCUGGUGCAGCGGCGAGGGGCGCUGCACCCUGCGGCCCCACUGCAGCUCCCCGGGCGCCCUGCCCUGGCUCCACUGGGCCGGACACAACGUCAAGUGCUCCAACCCGCGCAUCACCGAGAUCCUGACGGUGUCGGGGCCCCCGGAAGGAGGGACCAGGGUGACCAUCCGUGGGGUGAACCUGGGCCUGGACUUCUCGGAGAUCGCUCAGGGCGUGCAGGUGGCCGGGGUGCAGUGCACGCCCCUGCCCGAGCACUACGUGGUGGCCGAGCAGAUCGUCUGUGAAAUGGGGCAGGCGCUUCCAGGGAUCAGCUCCGGCCCAGUGCUCCUGUGCAUCGGAGAGUGCAAGCCUGAGUUCACGGCCAAGUCAGCGCAGCAGUACGUGUUCGUGACCCCGGCUGUGAGUUUCCUGAGCCCUGGCCGCGGCCCCGAGUCGGGAGGGACCAUGGUGACCAUCUCUGGCCAGCACCUGGGCGCCGGCAGCCGCGUCUCCGUGCUCCUGGGGAACCAGACCUGCGAGUUCCUGCAGAGAUCCAUGAACGAGAUUGUUUGUGUGUCAGCACCCUCAGCCCACGGCCUGGGGGCUGUUCAGGUCUCUGUCAGCGUGGACAGGGCUCAGCUGGAGAGGACUUUGCUGUUUGAGUACAUCGACGACCCCAAGGUGCAGCACAUCGAGCCCGAGUGGAGCAUCGCCAGCGGCCACACGCCCCUGACUGUCACCGGCUCCAACCUGGACGUGAUCCAGGAGCCGCGGAUCCGCGCCAAGCACAACGGCAAGGAGUUCAUCAACGUGUGCAAGGUGCUGAACUCCACGGCCCUGGCCUGCCUGGCUCCCCCGUUGACGGCCGAGUACCGCCCGGGGCUGGACGCCGUGGAGCGCCCGGACGAGUUCGGCUUCAUCUUCAACAACGUCCAGUCCCUGCUGCUCUACAACGACACCAAGUUCAUCUACUACCCCGACCCCACCUUCGAAAUGCUGAGCUCCACCGGGGUGCUGGAGCAGAAGCCGGGCUCUCCCAUCAUCCUGAAGGGCAGGAACCUGUGCCCGCCCGCCCCGGGAGGAGCCAAGCUCAACUACACGGUGCUGAUCGGGGAGACGCCCUGCGCCGUCACCGUGUCCGAGACGCAGCUGCUCUGCGAGCCCCCCACCCUCAGCGGGCAGCACAGAGUGAUGGUGCGCGUUGGGGGCGUCACCUUCUCCCCUGGCUCGGUGAGCAUCGUGUCUGACAGCCUGCUGACCCUGCCCGCCAUCGUCAGCAUCGCGGCCGGCGGCUCCCUGCUCCUCAUCAUCGUCAUCAUCGUCCUCAUCGCCUACAAGCGCAAGUCCCGCGAGAACGACCUCACCCUCAAGAGGCUGCAGAUGCAGAUGGACAACCUGGAGUCCCGGGUGGCCCUGGAGUGCAAGGAGGCCUUUGCAGAGCUGCAGACGGACAUCAACGAGCUGACCAGCGACCUGGACCGCUCGGGCAUCCCCUACCUGGAUUACCGCACCUACGCCAUGCGCGUGCUGUUCCCGGGCAUCGAGGACCACCCGGUGCUGAGGGAGCUGGAGGUGCAGGGGAACGGGCAGCAGAGCGUGGAGAAGGCCCUGAAGCUCUUUGCCCAGCUGAUCAACAACAAGGUGUUCCUGCUGACCUUCAUCCGCACGCUGGAGCUGCAGCGCAGCUUCUCCAUGCGCGACCGCGGCAAUGUGGCCUCGCUGAUCAUGACGGGGCUGCAGGGCAAGCUGGAGUACGCCACCGACGUGCUCAAGCAGCUGCUCUCCGACCUCAUCGAGAAGAACCUGGAGAACAAGAACCACCCCAAGCUGCUCCUGCGCAGGACCGAGUCGGUGGCCGAGAAGAUGCUGACCAACUGGUUUGCCUUCCUGCUCCACAGGUUCCUCAAGGAAUGUGCUGGGGAGCCCCUGUUCAUGCUCUACUGUGCCAUCAAGCAGCAGAUGGAGAAGGGCCCCAUCGAUGCCAUCACGGGGGAGGCGCGCUACUCCCUGAGCGAGGACAAGCUCAUCCGGCAGCAGAUCGAGUACAAGACCCUGAUCCUGAACUGCGUGAACCCAGACAACGAGAACAGCCCAGAGAUCCCUGUCAAGGUGCUGAACUGCGACACCAUCACCCAGGUCAAGGAGAAGAUCCUGGAUGCUGUGUACAAAAACGUGCCCUACUCCCAGAGACCCAGAGCUGUGGACAUGGACCUGGAGUGGCGGCAGGGCCGCAUUGCCCGCGUGGUGCUGCAGGAUGAGGACAUCACCACCAAGAUCGAGGGCGAUUGGAAGCGCCUGAACACCCUGGUGCACUACCAGGUGUCAGACCGCUCCGUGGUGGCUCUGGUGCCCAAGCAAACCUCCUCCUACAACAUCCCUGCCUCUGCCAGCAUCUCCCGCACCUCCAUCAGCAGAUACGACUCCACGUUCCGCUACACGGGCAGCCCCGACAGCCUCCGCUCGCGCGCGCCCAUGAUCACGCCCGACCUGGAGAGCGGCGUCAAGGUCUGGCACCUGGUCAAGAACCACGACCACGGCGACCAGAAGGAAGGGGACAGGGGCAGCAAGAUGGUGUCUGAGAUCUACCUGACCAGGCUGCUGGCCACAAAGGGCACGCUGCAGAAGUUCGUGGAUGACCUGUUUGAGACGCUGUUCAGCACGGUGCACCGGGGCAGUGCCCUGCCCCUGGCCAUCAAGUACAUGUUUGACUUCCUGGACGAGCAGGCGGACAAGCACGGCAUCCACGACACCGACGUCCGGCACACCUGGAAGAGCAACUGCCUUCCCCUGCGCUUCUGGGUGAACGUGAUCAAAAACCCCCAGUUCGUGUUCGACAUCCACAAGGGCAGCAUCACGGACGCCUGCCUGUCCGUGGUGGCUCAGACCUUCAUGGAUUCCUGCUCCACCUCCGAGCACCGCCUGGGCAAGGACUCCCCCUCCAACAAGCUGCUGUACGCCAAGGACAUCCCCAGCUACAAGAGCUGGGUGGAGAGGUAUUAUGCCGACAUUGCCAAGCUCCCGGCCAUCAGUGACCAGGACAUGAACGCCUACCUCGCCGAGCAGUCGCGCCUGCACGCCGUGGAGUUCAACAUGCUGAGCGCCCUCAACGAGAUCUACUCCUACGUCAGCAAGUACAGCGAGGAGCUCAUCGGAGCUCUGGAGCAGGACGAGCAGGCUCGGAGGCAGCGCUUGGCUUACAAAGUAGAGCAACUCAUUGGGGCCAUGUCCUUCGAGAGCUGAGGAAAGGUCACGGGCAGCAAAGGGCAGAGCAUCGCACGGACUCUCGGGAAUUCGGAGGGAGAACAAGCAAGGAAGGCACUGCACACACCCCCCAAGGCUCUUCUGGAGAGAGCAGGGCCUGGCUCAAGGACUGGCUGUGUUCAAAAAUCGUACAGGAUCCAGUUUGGAAGGGCAGGAAGGGAAGAUGAAGCAUCUCCAUCACCAGUCCAAGCAAGGUGGAUCAUUAUUUCGAGUGUACGCGCAAAGAAGGAACCUGGAAAGUCUGGAUGUCUCCACGACUGCUGCUUUGCAUGAAAGUUGUUUAAUGUAUAUUGGAAAAUAAAACUUUAUUUAAAGGGUCUUUUUUAAAAAAAAAAAACAAAGGAAGAAAAAAAAAAAAAGAGCAAAAACCACAGAGGCCAUAGAGAUAAUCCUGGCAAGGAGGAUCAGCUCUGAAUCCUGUCCCUGAGAACCUUCCAAGGACACGGCUCAGGCAUUCUGCAAACGGACUGUCACACAAUUGGAACGUCUGGAAAACCAAAAUGUCUUCGUUUGGGAUUCUUACAACACAUAGGAGCACAAGUUUGCACCACACCUUUUACACAAGCAAAAUAGCAGUUUUGCCCGAAAAUAGUCCAGUGGCUGAGUAACUUAGAGGCACUAGAAGGAACUUUACCUGAAUUGCAAAACCACCACAUCAUCUGACCUGUGUUGAAAUCCAGCUUUAUCCAUGUAUUUAUAUGGUGUCAAUGCAUCUAUUUUUUUUUUUAAUCCCAUUUACUGUUGAAUGAGGGAAGAUCUGAGUUUCAUUGCUUUUCCCUUUUCCACCUGCAUCCCACCUCACUGGCUGAUCCAGCAGUGUCCAGCAUGACCACGGUGAUCCAGCAGUGUCCAGCAGUGUCCAGCAAGGCCAUGGUGAUCCAGCAGUGUCCAGCUUGGCCAUGGUUAUCCAACAGUGACCAGCACUGAUCCGUUCAGUGUCCACUGCUGGUUCCUGCAGGUGCCACGUGAGCCAAGGCAGAGCUGGGCUGACACCUCCAGGUCGGUUUUGGGGGUCUCCAGCAGCCAGCUCUGAUUUCUCACUGCAACACCCCCCAAACCCUGAUGUUUACGGUGACAAUACUUGAAGAGCCUGGAUGCUGGGAGAGCAGAUUUUGUUGAUUUUCUGCUGGACGUGCAGUCUUUGGGCACGGGCUCCCUUUGGGUGUCUCCUCCAGCGUUUGCCGCCUCACCCAGGGCCAGGACUUGCAUUUCCACUGGGAAAGGGAGAGAAAUCUCUGCUCCAGGCAAGAGCAAACCUUAACCAGCACCCCCGGGCCAGCCAGCCCUGCUGUCGUGUCUCUGUGUCGGCGUCUCGUUGUUCUCCUCAGUUCCUUGCUGGCCCCCACGGCACAAGCUCCUGUGGCCAGGGACGGGCAAAUGUUUGUGAGUGUUAUUUCUUUCCAAGACACCAAAGCUUAUGUGUGUCCCUUUGUGGAGUGCCAGGAGGGGAAGGAGUGCUGUAAAUAUUUCUCUCUGUAGUAAAUAUUGAUGCGUGUGCAGGAUGCAGUGGGGAGGGCAGGGAGAGGAGGCCUGAUGGAAAUACAAGAGUUGGCUGCAGGAGCUUGGCAAUGGCAGCAAAAUAAUCCCUGGUGUCUGCCCAGGCAGUGUCACACUGACUGGGAUCUUCGCUUGCAGCCAGUGUGUGUUGAAGGAAAAUCCAUUUCCAUCUCCAUCCCCCUCCUGCAGCAUUCCUGCCUGGAGGAGCCCAGCAGGGCUGCUGGCCCUCUGUGUCCUGCAGUCCAGCACCAGGGGAGGGGAGAAGCACGUAGAGAAAUACUCAGGAAACUUGGUUUAAUUACCAUUCAGUAAAAGCCAUGCCAAGUCCACUUUCUUUUGGUAAUCCACUUCUGUGAGUCUCUCUGAAAAGCAGAAAAUACUGAUGAUAAUAAUCGACCUUGUGCAAUAAGUUCUUGACAUUUACAGCAGCCUGAGCGCUGGAUUUACUGAGACAGGGGGGGAGUGGCAGGAACAGAGACUGAAAGGCAGAGCAGAGUUUGUGCUGCCUGUUAUCCGAGAGUUCCCUUCCCAGGGAUCCCGCUCCAUGGUGAAUCUCAUUUCUGAGGCAAAAAAUGUGCAAAAGUCCACCUAAAAGUCAGGCACUGCAGAGCCCAGGAAUGUCAUUGGGGCAGUCCCCAGCCUGGCCUGCUCUUUGCUGCAGGUACCCAGGGCAUGGCACAGGGUCAGGCUUUGGAGUCCUGCAGGUUUGUUGCUGGUUCUGUUCCUGCUGUUCACAGUGAUCCAUCACACAGCUUAGCUGAGGGAUUGCCAGGUCUGUCCUAGCUGUGGCUGUUGGUUUGGGUUCUCCAAGUUCUCAUGGUACUCUGAAACCCAAAGAGAGCACUCCAAAAAACUCCCAAAGGACUUCCAAAUGCUUCCAAAUACCAGUGUGAGGAGUUUCCUCUGCAGGACUCACAAAAUAGGAGUACAGCCCAAGGCAAAGGCCUGGCUGUGCAUCACCUGGGCCUGCUGACAGUGUCCCUGCCCCACAGCCCUCAUGGUGCUCCUCUCUGCAUCUCUUGUGUAGCUUUUCAUCCUCCUGCUUUCCUCCUCCUGCUCCCUCCCCUCUGGCCAGGAGCACCCCCCCAAGCCAAGGCUUUGCCAUUCCCCCUCCCCUGUAUUUUCUCAGCAGAAAUGGAGGUCCCCACACACCCCCUGGAUUCUCUGGGAGGACAUUAAGGAGACAAGGGGACAACUGAAUUCAUCUUCUGUGCUGUGGGACGAUCUGAGCAGAGAGAAGGAAAAAGGGGAAGCAGCAGGAGCACUUUGCAAACCAGUAAACUCUUACACUUCUGACUGAAUCCCAAAGGAAACAGCAAAAAUUCCUCUUCCAUCACCUGGAAAAGCUUUGGGAGCAUGGCAGAGGGAACAGCUCAGUCCUGGCUGGAGGGGUGGCCUAGAAAUACAUUGCCAAGAAUCUUCUCGUGGUGGUUGACAUUAAUUAUGGAUCUUUACAGGCAAUUAUAUCGAUUGAAGCAACAUAUCCCCCUGAGGCAGAGCGCUGGGAAUCUCUUGCCCUGUUUGCAUCCAACAUUUCCAUUCCUCCUUCGGGAGGAGGGAGCUUCAGAUCUCAGAAAUGGCAUUUUCUUCGCACCGGCAGCAAACUGGACUCGAGGGUUGGUCAGGAGGGGGCACUUGCCUUAGAUGAAACGAUUUCACGUCCCUCUCAUUGCCCCCCUCCUCCUGCAAGGCUGCCCAGAGUUUGGAGUCUCCAGCUCGCUGCGUUUCAGGUAUUCCAACAUCAAAGUGGGAGACGUCACUUGCCGGGAUCUCUCUGCCUGGUGUCACCGCUUGAAUAAUUCCCUUUCAUCUUCUGCUCACGAGCUAUCAAAGCACCCACUCCGAGGGGGAGCGAGGUGCUAAUCAAACGCUUCUCCACCUUGAAAGCCUUUAUCAAACCCCACACAGCAGAGGGGAGCUCGCAGGCACGGCUGGCCCUGCCUGAGCCCCGCCAGGAGCCACAGCCAACAAAGCUCAGAGGGUGUGGGCAGCGAGGGGUCCACACUUUGCCACAAAGGAUGGGUUUGAAGGGAGGCAGGAGGGGUCAGCACAGCUGGAAACCCUGGGAAGUCCAGUAUGGGUAUCCCUGGAAACCCUGUGUGCAGCAGUGGGGACCCACCCUGUGAAAUCCAGAACCCUAGAAACCCUGGAAACCCUGUGUGCAGCAGUGGGGACCCACCCUGUGAAAUCCAGAACCCUGGAAACGCUGGAUACCCUGUGUGCAGCAGUGAGGACCCACCAUGUGAAAUCCAGAACCCUGGAAAUGCUGGAUACCCUGUGUGCAGCAGUGAGGACCCAGCACUGAGGAACAAAACUGCUGCCACGGCCUGGCUGCAUCCCAGCAGCAUCCCAGGUGUGGAAUUUCAGGUUUUUCCCUGAAGGACGGACGUGGGGACAGCGGUGCCUCCCCAGGGCCAGGGCUGGGACACGCUGGGGACAAUGAGUGCAGUGCCAACCUUCAUCACAGCAGUGCCUUCCACACUCUGUCUUAAAAUCCUGGUGGCCCAUCCCCACGCCAGUGUUCCCUGCUACCUUCCACCGGACUCCACAAAAAUAUGUCCCAAUGUAGGAAACAGUUUGGGUGGGCACGUGGAGGGCAAAGGCGAGAGGGUUUCGGGCUCUGGGGUUGCACUCUGCUCGCUGCUGGCUCCGAGCUCCUUGUGGGGAUCUUGGUGUUUAAAUCUGUGUGGGAAAAGGGUCAGAGCAUCCCCUCCUGCAGUGGGCACAGCCUCCAAACAAGGUCUCAUUCCCAGAGGUCCCCGGGAGCCAGCAGGGAUGGGGAAGGCCAGGCUGGCACAGGGCAGAGCAGCUCCCAGCAUGGCCCCUGUGCUGCUCCAGAGCCUCCAGCCCCUUCCCUGGCAGCAGCCCAGCCACGUUCUGCUGUCACUGGCUGCUCUCCAUCCAGCUUCCUGUGCUGUCAGAACUCACCUGUCACAGGGACUCAGCUCCCCAAACUAAAUGAAACCAAAAGCGACUGACUUGAAUAAGCUGGGCCAUCAGGGAGAGCUCACGAGUGACUGUGCCCUGGAGAGAAGAGAAAAUGUUCUGAGGAGGGGAAAUAACUGACAUCAAAGAUGCAUUAAAAUGCCACAGAGCUUCAGCCAUCCUAUUCCAGAUCCACAUUUGUACCAGGAAUUGCAAGGCAAGAGUGCAGGAUCUGUGACAUUGUGCAGAGUUGUGUGUGAGGAGGAGCUCAGAGCACAGCCCUGUCCUUGGUGCAAACACCCAGCCUGGACCCAAAACCAGAGGCCAGCAGAUCAGAGGCUGAGGGCAAGGCUCUGGAACCAGCUCUGAGGCCACCUGCACGGGCAGGAUGGUUUGGUUUUACUGAUGAGAAACUCAGUGGGGAAACAGUCAGAGUAAGAGAUGUGUGCACUGCAAAGGGGCUGGUGGGGAACUGCUGAGCUGAGCAACCCCAAAUGUGCAGUUUCAGUGCACUGUGGUCAGGUUAGUUUGGCAGGGGGAGAGGAUGGCAGGUUCUGGCUGUCUGGAAGGCUUUGUGAAAGCUCCUUCACCCUGAAAAGCCCCAGCUGUGGGUGCUGGUCCUGUUCUGGGCAGGCAAUGGAACAUCAGCCGGAGCCCCAGCUGUGGGUGUGCCUGGUGCCUUCCUGGCUCCUGGAAGAAAACUGGGGCUCUGUGGUGUGUGCCCUGCACCCCAGGGUGCUCUCUGGGGUGCUGGGGUCAGAGAAGGGCAGGUGGAAGGGUGUGGGGCAGUGCAGGAUGGCCGAGCCCCCCUGCUCCGUGCUGGAAAUGCCACCCUGUCCCUGCAGGGUGUCUGAGGUGGCACCAGCGGUGUUGUGGCCGUGCUGUGAGCAUGGCAGUGUCUCUGUGCUUGUUCUUUCAGAUCCCCCUUUGUCCCUGUGUUUCCCAUCCCUCUCCUUCCUUUGUAACCGUGGAAUAAAACCCUGAAGAAAUUCCCUUUCUGCAGCAUUGAGGAACACGCCCCAAGGGCCCGCAGGGUCCAUCCACUUGCACGGACAAUAUCCCAAAUAUCCCAAACCCCCUGGGCCUCCCAGGGCUGCCAAAUCAAACACCAAGUCUCCUGGAUGGCCUUUCCUUUGGGAUUUUUAAUACCUCUCUUUCGAAUAAGCUUGGAAGUUUAUGCAACAGCUUCUCCUCCCUUGGACUGGGCACACAAAGGCGCACGAGGAGCCCUGGGGAGGGGAGAAAGCUGAUUUGGCCACGAUAUUCAUGGCUUCAGAAGGUGCAGCAGAAAUGUCCUUCUCUUGCUGCUGAGUUCUGGUGUUGAUGGCACCGCGGAGAAGCAGCAGGGGCAAGGGAAUGUACAAGGUACUAAAACUUCUGGAGUGCCCCCAAAAAACGUCACAGAAUGUAGAGGUAUAUCAGCCAUGGAACAGAUUCUGAUAUUUCUUCUUCCCCUUCUCCUUACGGAGCAGCCCCCAGCAGUUUUAGGGGAUUUGUGUGUUGGCAGGAACAAGGAAUUGAAUUUGUAUCUGUGCCCAUUCCACCGUGUCCUUCUCUGGCUCCUCCCCUCCCCGUUAUACUUGACACACUGGAGUUCUGUAUUAUAUUUUUUUUUUAAGAUGAUUGUCUGUUUUUUGUUGUUUUUACAAGUGUUGUGGAAAAAAAAAUGUAAGAAAGUUUAAGUAUUUAAAAAUGUUCCAAGGAAAUAAAAGGGGGUUUUGUUAUUAUUCUAAUAUAUUAUUGUGUACCUAUUGUAAAUAUGAAACACUCCUAUUUUGCAAGCCAAGGACUCACUUUGUACUGUUGUUAUAUAUAAAUAAAGUUUACUGGUUAAAAAAACCCUCCUCGAGUAGCUCCUUAUUUUCAAGUAUGUGGCAUUAAUUGUGUGAGGAAUAUUUAUUUACUGAAUCCCAGCAGCAAGAAAUGGGUGAAUGGAAAUUCCAGAGUGGUUUGGGUUGGAAGGGACCUUAAAGCCCAUC